AACGUUUCCAAAAUAAAGCGGGCGUGAGGCGCUCCGUGUAGUAAACGGCGCAAAGCCUGGGAGGAGGAGGACAGAGGAGGUGUUACCGGGCUGGGGGGUGGGGUGGGCCCGUCUGUCCAUCUGCCAGGCACCGGUCCAGGAUAAAAUGUCGAACCGAAAGCACCGGGACAACCAAGAAAUCUGCGCCCGCAAGGUCCGGGAGCUGGCCCAGUCCGGGGUAAACAAACACUGCUUCGAGUGCAACCAGCCCGGKGUGACGUACACGGACAUCACGGUGGGCAGCUUCGUCUGCACGUCGUGCUCCGGAAUGUUGAGAGGCCUCAACCCACCCCACAGGGUCAAGUCCAUCUCCAUGACGACAUUCUCCCAACAGGAAGUGGAGUUCCUCCAAAACCAUGGCAACGAGGUUGGGAGAAGAACCUGGCUGUGUGUGUUUGACCCCAAGGCCGACGGCUGCCCUGACCUAAAGGACUCGCAGAAGUUUAAAGAGUUUCUUCAGGAUAAAUACGAGAAGAAGAAAUGGCAUUUUUCCAAAAGUAAAAACCGAAGGGAUGUGGAGGGUCCCUGGAGUCCAGGAGUCCAGGCCAUGCCGUCUUCUCACGGCCUCCUAACGAGCCAGGGYCCAUCCCAUAAUUUACCCCCGAACGCCAGAUCAACACGACCGCUGUCUCAGUCCCAGCUGCCAUCCUGGGAUCGAGCUCCCGCCAUCUCGCCCGCCGACAUGAGGAUGGACGCGUUCACGGCUCGACCGUCCCGCUCCCAAAGCUUCAGAGACCCCCCUCUGAAAGAUUCCUCUCUGUGUGGUAUAGAACGCCAACGACCGGGCUCUCUGUCUCUGGGGGGUCAGAGCCACGCGCCAUCGUUCCCCGCCCUCCCACGGCCCUCAGCCAGCAGCUCGUUCAAAAACCACUUCACUUUAGGUCGUACGGUGUCGGUUUCGGGGACCACGGGGCCCUUCAGAGCCUUCCCCAAGUCGGUCAGCGUGGACUUUGGAGGUCUGAGCCAUCCUCAGACACAGCCCCUGCCUCAGUCUCGGUCCCAGCCUCAGCAGCCUCAGCAGCCGGCCUCCGUCAGCCAGACGACCCCACCGGUCAGCAGCUCCAACAGUCAGGAUCGAUACGCUGCCGUGUCCCAGCUGGACAGUGUCUUCUCUGAAACGCCGUCCACCACAGCUCCACCUGGUGGCCCUCCACAGUACAGCGCCAUCUUCGGCAGCAGGCUCUCCUCCAGCUCCAGUCCUGCUAGUUCUCCUGGUGUUGAUUCGGUUUCCAGCUCUCAGACUUUUGGAAAUUUCCCCAACCCGUUCAGCUCCAGCGCCGGGUCGGCCUCCCAGCAACCUGUUGCCCUCUCCCCCAGUAACCCCUUCAGCACCGCCUCAGGAGGUGACUCUGGCGUGUUUGUAACUUCGCCCACCUCCGUUUUUCCUCCUGCAGCUUCCUUUCCAUCAGCUGCCACCCAGAAUGCAUUUCCUCACGAAUCAUCCUCGACUCAAGAAGCCAACGGUUUCGCCUCCUUCCCUGCGUCCGACUCUCAGUCUAAAGUUCCCCGGCCCAUGUCUGUGAACCCAUUCACGGGGAAUGUUUACCCCAGCAGAGGGACGUCGAGAAAUCCUUUCAUCUGACGCCCCCACCCCCACCUCCUCCUCUUCUUCCUCACUUCUCUGGGAACUGACGGAGGAGCGAACCUGAGGAGUCGCUGCCAUUUCAAAGCCUCUGGAGUAUUUUCACCUUGUCGGGGGUGGGGGCGGAUCGGACCCUCCCUCAGUCCGUCCCCAGUCCUCUCUGUGUCUGUGUUUACGUGUUUGUUGAGGGUAAAAAAAACUAAACAAAACAAACAAAAAAAA